GAUGGCGCGGCGACGUAAAGCGGUCGAUGCCACCCCACCUCCUCCCCACCCAGACCCCGAAUCUGACACUGGGGCCGAGCAGCAGCUUUUCGAGGAAGUCGAGGCAGCUUCUGCACGCAAAUCACGACCAGGGCCCACGCACUCGGCCGUCGCCAGUGCAAACCUCCUGAAUGCCGCUAGAUAUCCUACCGCUGGGAGGCAAAGCAAGGUCGGCAAUGGGAAGCUGCGGCGUCCUACCUUUAUGCGUCACGAUUUAGCAGAGUUAUCCCGCCAGAAUCUCGCUGCACGAAGAGAUGUCUACGAUGUCCCGGUUGAUUCGCCUGGGAAAGAUAUAUACGAAUCUCCGUUCAAGCUACCGACUACUAUGAACAAGAAACCACUCAAAAGGGUCAAGAAGGGGAAGAAGGGGAAAGAGGUCGAAGCGAUGAAUUCCGAUCGAAAUUCGACCUCCAAGCAGCCGGCCGUUCGUCAAAGUUCGGCAGAUACUGGAGUUGCCGGGUGGCUUUCAGAAGUUGAUGUCGAGGGUCAGCCUGAUCAGGUCGAAGUUGAUGCAGGAGCAUCUUCACCUCCGCCUACUCUUCCUGUCCUAGAAACUCCGACCCUCCAAACUACGCUGCCAUUGCGCAAGUCGAAGCGAAAGGUACAGACCGAACCCUCCAAUCUGAAGCGGUCAAAAAAGUCUCCCCGGUUGACACCCACGCACGACGCAAGUGAUACAGCGGUCAAGGAAAAUGACACAGAGGAAGUUCGACUGAGGAACUCUCAUCCCAAGGUUGUUAUACCCGCGGCGGAGCGUCGACAUACGAUUCAUUCGAUCAUUAAGCAGCCCCAUACUCAGAAAGCGCCAGAAAGCGCACAGAGCAGACGUUCAGAACCAUUAACGGAAAGUUCUGCUAGUCAAAAAAACAAGUCCGAAGCUCAGCUCCAGACUGGAACUGUUAUACCAGUUCCCGAUGAGUCUCAAUCUGCUCCGCGGCGAGGAAGACCACCCAAGACCAGAGCUUCAAACGUAGUUACUGACCAAACUCAAUCUUCUUCAGCACAGGGAAUGCAACUGGAAAUGAAAUCUCCAGGGGUAACAUCUACUCCAGCUUCAAUUCCACGACGGCGUGGCAGACCAUCCAAGAACCAGGUUCCCGUUUCAGCAACUGGGGAAGGUGAAUCUCGCCCAGCAUUUGCUAAUCAGUCGAUCAAUCGGAACGGUGGUCACGAAGAAGAGAAGAAGGAAGAGGAUGAAGAAGGAGAAGAAGAGGAUGCUGCUGCAGAACCUAACGGAACUUCUGAACAAGUAUUGCCGCUAGAGGGCCCCAAUGAGAGCGACUUUGCUUCGGAAGAAGGCUCUGAAAAGAGCGAUGGCGAAAUUUUGGACGACCUCGAUCAAGUUUUCAAGAUUCUUGAUACCCCCAGGCGACGUGGAGAUUGUGCGACUGAGGAAGGUGCAAGCAUUGCCUGGUUCUGCCGAGAAGCUAUACAGUCUAGCACCAAAUCGAAUUGGACCCUUGAAGAUAUAGCUUGCUCGGCUAAAAACCUGAGAAAACAACUGGAAAAGUGCGGAGCAAAUGCAAAUGAUGCGAAAUUAAAGUCCAUCAAACUCGACACGCACGCAUACCUCUUCCGAGACCUCGUUAGGUACCUGGCGAUGAUAUUCAAUUGGCUUGAAGAAAAUCACGGCCCGAUCGACCAGUCUUUACCCUCUGCAGAGAUCAUGUUACUGGUCAUUGGUGCCAUCAUCUCCUUGAAGGAUAAGAUAUCGACGUGGAAAGGCCCCAUGCCACACCAUGAUUUUGGAAAUAGACUCAUCAAGGACAUUGAAAGCAAAAUUAUUGUCCCUCUGCGAGCUGUGCAAAAACAGUAUUGUAAAGUACAGACUGAGCUUAAAACGGAAGCCAUAAACAAGAUGAAUUACGAUAGGAUUCGCCAACGGUCAAUGGAGAAAGCCCAGGAAGCAGCCCAGAAACAGAAAAACGAAGAACUUUACUAUCAGAAGAAGCUUCAUUGGCAAGACCUACACCUCAUUCGCCAGAAAUAUGAGCCUGACUGGGAUCUCCGCAAGCGACUCUUUUUUCGAACGGAUGAAUUCGAAAGGCUGUUGAAGCAGUCCGAGGAGCGAGAUGCCAAUGGACAGAAAUUCGAGCGUCUGCCCGUCUUCAAGGAAAGGGAGUCGCCCAUGGCUCGGCAUAGCUUGCCUAUUACCGAUGUGAUCUGGGAGGAUGCAAACAUUGAGGCUCUCAUUGAGGGUUUACGAAAGUACUAUGGUCCAGAUGUGUUCCCAACAAUCUUUGCAGAUUAUUGCUCUCCGAGCCCCGGGGAAUUGCGGAGGUAUACUGUUUUCCAAAUCGCAGCUCAAGCCGCGUAUAUUCGCACUGAGAUGAUAGAAAGGUAUCGUGAGCAUGACUGGGAGAUACCCGAUUGGGUCAAACAAAUACCCAUCUUACCAUGA